CAAUGGUGGAAAUGGCAAUGCUAGGAUCAUGAAUAUGAACAACCCGAACACCAAUAGCUCAGCUGUCGUGACAGGAGCACAUGCACAUGCACAAAUUGCGUCUGGUGUUGGGUCUGGGUCUGGUGCGUGGCAGCCGGCUGCGUGUGCGGAAGGUAUGAGCCGACCACAUCGACAUGAUCAUCUUCCACAGGCUGUUGAG